GAGCUUGGCAACGGCUCUCGUGGCGAUGCCAGGUGUGUUCAAACCUGUAGCCGACCAACGCUCGCAGAUGUCGCUCAGCUCAAUCACCAUGGGCUGGAUCUCAGCCGCCUAAAAUACCGCCAACCGGUGAUCGCUGCCGCACGUCUAUUUUCAGCCUGCCCACAGGUAUGAGGGAUUUCUCGUUGACGCACUGCAUUUCAGCGACAGACACUCCACAAUCUACCGCCGAGUGAGCAAAAUACUCUCUGUUUACAGUUUGUUCUGACUACUUGACGUCCGGAUCGAGGCUCCUACGGUGACGAAGCAAAGCGCGGACAUGGUUCCAGAGUAGCUGUGGAGAGCAUGAAACCAGAAUUGUGUUCUUUUUAACAAUCUCGCCGCUAUCAACUCUCCUGUUUUUACGCACAAGGAGCGCUUGGAAUUAUUGCCACCCAGGCAACUGUGUGCGCACACCGGAGCAUUAACCCGCGGAAUAACAAACCUCAGCGGCUGAUUCACGGGCUCACAACCAGCCUCCUAAAUGUCAAGAAGAUGAAAUCCCCAGCAGCAUGUCGGGAGAAUAACUCAGGAGGGUUUAUUAGGCCGCUUCACUUCGCGUUCAUUUAACAACAGCAAGACGAAGCGACUGUAACCAGUUAGAUCGUUAGUUGGUCAAAAAAACAAAAACAAAAAACAAGGGAGUAACCAUGUCCAGAACACUGAAGAAGAAGAAACACUGGUCCAGUAAAGUGGUGGAGUGCGCGGUGUCAUGGGGGAGCCUGGGGGACUUUGGCUCCAUGGUGGAGGUCCUGGGGGGAGCAGAGGUGGGACAGUUCCCCCACCUGGGCCAGAUGAAGCUGGACGUGCUGGUGUGCCACGUCGGGAAGCUGCCCUACUACGGCGACGUUUUGCUGGAGGUGAACGGGACGCCCGUGAGUGGACUUACAAACCGUGACACCCUGGCUGUCAUACGCCACUUUCGGGAGCCGAUUCGCUUGAAGACUGUGAAACCAGGUAAAGUAUUGAACACGGACCUGCGCCACUACCUCAGCCUGCAGUUUCAGAAGGGCUCGCUGGACCACAAGCUCCAACAAAUCAUACGGGACAACCUCUACCUACGCACCAUCCCCUGCACCACACGGCUGCCUCGAGACACGGAGGUGCCAGGAGUGGACUACAACUUUAUCAGUGUUGGAGACUUCAGGAUCCUGGAGGAGAGUGGACUUCUACUGGAGAGUGGGACCUAUGAUGGUAACUACUAUGGGACCCCAAAGCCUCCAGCGGAGCCCAACCUGGUGCAGCCUGACCUGGUGGAUCAGGUGCUGUUUGAUGAAGACUACGGUGGCGAGGUCCCCAGGAAACGCACCACCUCAGUCAGUAAGAUGGACAGGAAGGACAGUGCAGUCCCCGAGGAGGAAGAUGAUGAUGAGAGGCCACCGCUGGUCAAUGGAUUGCCUGAUCACAAAGAAGGGGCAGACUGGAGGAAAGCGGUGCCCAGCUACACCCAGUCCAGCAGCACCAUGGACUUCCGCACAUGGAGCUCUCUUCCCCGCGAUGAUAGCCUGGAGCCCCUGCCCCUUAACUGGGAGAUGGCUUACACUGAGACCGGCAUGGUCUACUUUAUAGAUCAUAACACCAAGACAACUACGUGGUUGGACCCCCGCUUGGCGAAAAAGGCAAAGCCCCCUGAGAAGUGUGAGGAUGGAGAGUUACCUUACGGCUGGGAGGAAAUUGACGAUCCACAGUACGGCACAUAUUAUGUUGACCACAUCAACCAGAAAACUCAGUUUGAGAACCCGGUCCUGGAGGCAAAGAAGAAGCUGAGCCAGGAGACGGCUGCGAUACAACAAGCCGCAGCAGCACCUUCCCAAGGUAAGGGAGGUGUGUUUGGCUUCACUUCAGACCCCAGUGAACUAAAUGGUGAGAUGUACCACACAGCACUGAAAAAGAGCUCCCAGGGAUUUGGAUUCACCAUCAUUGGAGGUGACCGCACAGAUGAGUUUCUGCAAGUGAAAAACGUGCUUAGCGAUGGCCCUGCUGCCCACGACAACAAGAUGGCGUCUGGUGAUGUGAUUGUUGAGAUUAACGGGAUGUCUGUGUUGGGGAAAACCCAUCCAGAGGUGGUGCAGAUGUUCCAAUCCAUUCCCAUCAACCAGUAUGUGGACAUGGUUCUUUGCCGUGGCUACCCGCUUCCUCCAGAUGUGGAUCUAGACAGCGACGACCCUCUUCCACCUCCUCCUCCCCCACCGGCCACCCAGCCCCAGCAGGCCCUGCAUGGUGGAGAGGUGGUGACAGCUGUGCCCCUCAUCAAUGGACAGCCGCUGCUGGUGAAAGGCGACGUCCUCCACGGCUCCUCUCAGGAGCUCCACUAUGUCACUACGGAUGCCAGCGGCCGGCCCGUUGUGGCGGCCUUGCCCAAUGGGAGGCAGGGGGAGCGUGGAGAGGCGCCAACAGGGAUGCUGCAGCCGGAGCUUGUAAGCGUGCCGUUGGUCAAGGGGCCUGGAGGAUUCGGAUUUGCCAUUGCUGACUGCCCGCUGGGCCAGAAGGUGAAGAUGAUCCUGGAUGCCCAAUGGUGCCGUGGUCUGCAGAAAGGAGAUGUCAUUAAGGAUAUCAACAGGCAAAAUGUCCAAACGCUGAGCCACGCCCAAGUGGUGGACAUUCUCAAAGACUUACCAGUGGGCAGCGAGGUUAACGUGCUAGUGCUGCGAGGAGGUCAAACAUCACCUGUGAAGAGUCUAAAGCCUAGACAGGAAAUGACAGCCAGUACAGAGACUUUGGAUGGUAUCGUAGACUCAGCCCCCCAGGCCCUGCCUUACCACUCCAACACAAGCACCCUGCGCUCCGCCGACUCCCCCAAACGAGAUGCCACAGAGAUGUACCUAAAGUCCAAAGCCCUGCUGGAGAGCAGACAGCCUCAUACCAAAGACAUAGAUGUUUUUCUAAAGAGAGACAUUGAAACAGGCUUUGGCUUCCGUGUUCUGGGAGGAGAAGGUCCACAACAGCCAAAUGUUUUCCCCCAGGUGUACAUUGGGGCCAUUGUACCCAACGGAGCUGCAGAGAAGGAUGGUCGUCUGAGAGCGGGAGAUGAGCUCAUUGGAAUCGAUGGUGUGAUGGUUAAAGGUCGUUCGCACAAACAGGUGCUGGAUCUAAUGACCAACGCUGCCCGUAAUGGUCAAGUUAUGUUGACUAUACGCAGGAAGGUCAUCUACAGAGAUGCGACAGAUGAAGAGGCUCAGGAAAUGGCUCCAGUGCUGGUGAACGGUUCUCCCAAGCUACCUCGCCUACCAAUGCCCAGCGCUCUGGACCACGAGUCUUUUGACAUCACACUCCACCGCAAAGACUCUGAGGGCUUUGGCUUUGUCAUCCUCACCUCAAAGAGUAAACCGCCGCAUGGAGUUAUUCCACACAAAAUUGGCCGAAUCAUUGAAGGCAGUCCCACCGACCGCUGCGGCCUGCUGCACGUCGGAGAUCGUAUCUCGGCGGUCAACGGGCGCUCUAUCAUUGAGCUCUCUCACAAUGACAUUGUUCAGCUUAUCAAGGAAGCCGGCAAUGUUGUCACCCUCACUGUGGUUCCUGAGGACGAAUACAAGGGCCCUCCAUCUGGAGCCAGUUCAGCUAAACAGAGUCCAGCUCUCCAGCACAGAGCCAUGGGGCAAAGGUCAGCACUACAGGAUGAACGUUAUAACCUGGACCUGGAGGAGAAAAGGGAGGGAGUGAACUGGUCCGACCACAAAACUCUUCCACUUAGUGAGCAGGGAACGCUGUGUGUGACAGGACCCAACCAGGGUUGUCUGACAGUGGAGUUAGAGAGGGGUCCCAGGGGCUUUGGCUUUAGCCUGCGAGGGGGAACAGAGUACAACAUGGGCCUAUACAUCCUGAGACUGGCUGAGGAUGGACCUGCUCAGCUAGAUGGAAGGAUCCAUGUUGGAGAUGAGAUAGUGGAGAUUAACGGGGAGCCGGCACGCGGCAUUUCCCAUACACGAGCUAUUGAAGUGAUCCAGGCUGGAGGAAGCAAAGUGGUCCUGCUGCUGAGACCUGGGGCGGGCCUGGCUCAAGAUGGCAGUCAACAUGAUCAAAAACUCAUUCCACCCACAAGCUAUUCCGAAGAGGUGUUUUACUCUGACACAUCACCCCUGACCUCUCCAUAUCCCAGCGGGGCUUCCCUCUUUGUUUCCUCCCCCUUCUCCAGCAAACUGAAACAUUCUCACAGCUGUAGCAGCAUCUCCCUACAAGGCCUCAAGCCCCGCAGCAGCAGGGGUUUACGCUCAGUGGAGGAGAGCGGUGAGUGGGCAGACAAAGAGGUAGAUAGGCUCUCUCCCGCCUCCUCUGAGCAAAUGAACUUCUACAAGAGGACCAGGCCCACAAAAGAUUCCAGAGAGCUAAGCAGCCCAAAGAAAACAGGGGAGACAUUUCCUAAAGCCAAAGAGCAACAUCACGGUCCCAAAAAGACUGAGAGUCAGGCACAGGAAGAAAGACUGAGCAGGAACAGGAUGUCUCAGACACAGGCAAAAACACGAUCCGCAAGCCCUAGGAAGUCUCCUCAAGCUGGACAGCAAGUGGCUUCGACCCUGCAGCGUGCAGAGCAUCAACAAGGCCUUCAGAGGAGAUUAAAAGACUCUUCCAGCAGAGAGAGCUUGGAUCAUGAAAAGAAAAACGGCAAAGGGGGGAAUCUUGAGAUCAGAAGAUACUCACAAAGGCGGGAGAUGGAAGGGAGAGGAGAAAGGACCAGGCCUGGCUGUGAGCAAGAAAGUUUCAAAAGAAGGGUGGCAGGAGUGUCUCACCACCACAGGACACCUCCUCAUACAGUCAGAGAGGGCGAGAAAGGUACAGGUAAAGACUCAGGGCAGAAAGAUACUAAUGGUAAGUAUAAAUCCACAGAAGACAGGAAAACAAGUAAAGAAACCGUCAACAAAAGAGCAUCACUGUUGUCUUUUAAAGAUAUGUGGAGUAGAAAAGGUUCUGUGGUUUCACCAAGACAGGAGAAAGGAAGAGAGGACACAUUUUCUUACUCCAAAGAAGUCGGUAGUAAAGAAGACUUUGUGGCCUCUAUAAACGGUUCUCCGGGGACCCCGCAGAGCCCAAAGGGACCUAUUAGCCCUGGCCCUUGGAAAAUGCCCAGCUCAGCCAGAAUCCUCUCCCAGGCAGAGGUCCUUCGUGACCCUUUGUGAAAGGAUAUUGAAUCACCCAGAUUUGAGAAUACUCAACAGUCGAUCAGUAGAUUGUUUUUUCUGAGUUCUUCCAUAAAACAGAGAGGUAUUAAAGUGCAACAUUAUUACCUUUGGACCAUGUCCAGAUUUGUCUUUUGACUAGGUCUUUUUUGGGAGUCCUGUGACAUCAACGUGUUGGCAUGUAGCAGCUCCCCUUCCGCCUUGUCCGCUGCUUCAGCAUCUCUGAUGUGGGACUUAAGCAUGUGCGGUAUGCUCGGGGCAUUGCCAGACUAGACAUUUUGAAAUGUGAAUAUGUGCCAAUUCUGGGAGCCUCCUGUGGAACAACGACUACCAACAGCGCUUCACCCAUUACAAUGCAAUGACCCAUAUGCAAAGAAAGGAGAUAGGCCCUCGCCUCUCCCGCUGUAGUAUACACCAAGUGUGACUGUCAUCUAGGGUUUAAUUUAGCUCCCGGCCUCAUUGUGGGAUAUUUUGACUAUUUUGUCUUUUUCUUCAACUUUGCUCAACUGCAUGCAGUCAGCCCUUCUGUUUGUUUUACUGCACGUGUUCUGCUCAUCACUGAGGAUGAUCCUGUUUAUAAUAGUCAUUCUCAACACCAGGCAGAUUUCUAAUACAAUCCAGCAAGCGUUCACUUUACCGGGGACUCGGAGACUGUUCUAUGAUUAUAGACUCUCCUCAAUACGAACAGUAUCAUUAAAAAGACCAGAAACUUGUGGUUUGAGAUCUUGUUUACCAUGUGUAUGAUAACCAAGCAGUGUGUAAUUUAUUGAGAUGAUAGAUUAAUAUGUGUAUAUGUAGCUGUACCAAGCCAUUCCACAUUUUGAUAUAGACUUCAAAGAUUUAUCCCAUGUUAUUUGAACAUUCCCCAUCCCUCCGAUGUACUUCAGUGGUAGGAAUUACCAUGGAUCUUGUAGUUCAUGAAAUGUAUAGGAAACGUGCAAACCGCUGUACCAAAUGUUUGCAAUCGCUCAAAACGUGUCUCAUUGUGAAAUAUAAUAUAUAAGUAUAUUUGAAUGUGU